AUGGCCAUCACGGCCCUUUUUGCCAGAUACGUCUACGACUCUAGAGGAAAUCCAACCGUCGAGGUUGAUCUGACCACCGACAAGGGAAUGUUCCGCUCAAUUGUUCCAUCUGGUGCCAGUACCGGUGUUCACGAGGCUGUUGAGCUGAGAGACGGCGACAAGUCCAAGUGGCUCGGAAAGGGUGUUUUGAAGGCUGUUGCCAACGUCAACGAGGUCAUUGCUCCUGCUGUUCUCAAGGAAAAGAUCUCUGUUCUCGAACAGGAGAAGUUUGACAAGUUCCUAAACUCCCUGGACGGAACCAAGAACAAGAGCAAAUUGGGAGCCAAUGCUAUCCUAGGUGUUUCCCUUUCGGUUGCUAAGGCUGCUGCUGGCUACAAGGGUAUCCCAUUGUACCAAUACAUCAGCGAACUGGCAGGCACCAAGAAGCCAUAUGUUUUGCCAGUCCCAUUCCAGAACGUUUUGAACGGAGGCUCGCACGCCGGUGGAUCCUUGGCCUUCCAAGAGUUCAUGAUUGUGCCAACGGACGCUCCAUCUUUCUCCGAGGGUCUCAGAAUGGGUUCUGAGGUCUACCACCACCUCAAAUCUUUGGCCAAGAAGAAGUACGGCCAAAGUGCCGGUAACGUCGGUGAUGAGGGAGGUGUUGCUCCAGACCUUUCCACCCCACAAGAGGCUCUUGACCUAAUUGUCGAGGCCAUUGAGGCUGCCGGUUACACCGGCAAGAUCGGUAUUGCUUUGGACACCGCUUCGUCCGAGUUUUACCACGACGGCAAAUACGACCUGGACUUCAAGAAUCCAAAUUCCGACCCAAGCAAGUGGCUCACUGGUAAGCAAUUGGCUGACUUGUACACCAAACUCAUCAAGGAGUAUCCAAUUGUGUCUCUGGAGGACCCAUUCGCCGAGGAUGACUGGGACGCUUGGACCCACUUUUUCUCCACCACCAACAUCCAGGUUGUUGGUGAUGACCUGACUGUUACGAACCCAGAAAGAAUCAAGACUGCCAUCGAGAAGAAGUGUGCCAACGCUUUGCUUUUGAAGGUCAACCAGAUUGGUACUUUGACCGAGUCGAUCAAUGCUGCCAAGGAUUCGUACGCUGCCGGCUGGGGUGUCAUGGUGUCUCACAGAUCUGGUGAGACCGAGGACACCACAAUUGCUGACAUCGCUGUUGGACUGAGAUCCGGACAAAUCAAAACCGGUGCUCCGGCAAGAUCCGAGAGACUGGCCAAGCUCAACCAGAUCCUCAGAAUUGAGGAGGAGCUGGGCGACAAGGCCAUUUACGCCGGCAAGGACUUCCACAAGUCUGCUGCCAUCUAA